AGUGAAAGCGCAUAGAGCGGCGAGUAAUACUGGAGAGAGGAGGAGGAGAGGAAGAUCAGCGCAGCGGGAGGCAGCUUUUAUAGCAACCUGACACAGAUAAAUGGGGAAUAUGCAGCGCUGUGCCGCCUUCCCAACUGGUUAGCCUCCUGUUUCGUGAUCCCCAGCUGUUCAACUUUGCCCUGGCAGGCGAUACAGUAUGUGAUCAAGCGGAUCCGAUAUGAACGAGACCGGAGUUCAAACUCUUGCUCCGGAGACAUGUGAGCAGACAAUGAUGUUGGAGGACAACACUGGGAACUGUAGCGCGACUUCCACCGGGAAUCUGUCACUGCACUGCUGGCUGCAGCUGCUCACCAGGGAAUCGAGCUCCGAAUUCCAAGGAGACAGCUCCAGCCUUGUGGUGCGUGUGAUGAUCGCGUGCGUCUACUCUGUUGUCUGUGCGCUGGGGCUGGUUGGGAAUGUGCUGGCACUGUAUCUGCUGCACUCGCGUUACAGGCAGAAGCAAUCGUCCAUCAACUGCUUCGUGAUGGGGCUGGCGAUCACCGAUCUGCAGUUUGUCCUGACUCUACCCUUCUGGGCGGUGGACACGGUCCUGGACUUCCGUUGGCCGUUUGGCCGAGUCAUGUGCAAAAUCAUCAGCUCCGUGACCACCAUGAAUAUGUAUGCCAGCGUUUUCUUCCUCACGGCCAUGAGUGUGGCACGUUACUAUUCAAUCUCGUCCGCGCUCAAGAUGCACAGCAGGAGGGCGGCGGCCACCCGGGCCAAGUGGACCAGCCUGGGCAUCUGGGCCGUGUCUCUGCUGGUCACGCUGCCUCACGCCAUCUACUCCACCACCGCCCAGGUGUCGGAUGAGGAGCUUUGCCUGGUGCGCUUCCCGGACACAGCCAACUGGGACCCGCAGCUUCUUUUGGGCUUGUACCAUCUGCAGAAAGUCUUGUUGGGCUUCCUCAUCCCUCUGAUCAUCAUUAGCGUCUGCUACCUACUUCUUCUGCGCCUCGUCCUCAGCCGACGCAUUUCAGGCGCCGGCGGCCCGGAGGUGGAGCAAGGCCGCCAAAACCGCCGUUCCAAAGUCACCAAAUCCAUCGUGAUUGUGGUUCUGUCCUUCUUUCUGUGCUGGCUUCCCAAUCAGGCGCUGACACUGUGGGGGGUUCUCAUCAAGUUUGACAAGGUGCCCUUCAGCAAGGCGUUCUACAACGCGCAAGCCUACGCAUUCCCGCUGACCGUGUGCCUGGCACACACCAACAGUUGUCUCAAUCCAGUGCUCUACUGCUUGAUCCGCCGUGAGUUCCGGGCGGGUCUCAAGGAGAUUGUCCUCCACGCCACGCCGUCCUUCAGGGGUCUGACUCAUCUCCUGCGGCGCAAAGGCAAAGUGGCAGAGGCGCCACCCGUCAUGGUGCUGGUCCAAAUGGAUGUGUGAGCUGAGGACAGAUGGAUAGAUAGAUGGCUUAAAGACAGUUUUCCAAGUUGAUGAAGCGGCUGUCAUUGUUUAUUUGCAAAGGAUGGCCUCACCCAAGUCCCGUCAAGACGGCAAACGACAACACUUUUUAUUUUUAUUCCGCUUUUGUGAGAAUAAUCAUCACGCCCUACGCAGCGGGACGUGGCCCACUUUCCUUCAAGAAUUGUGCUGUUCACUCAUUCCUUUUCUUGCUCUCUUUGUCCCUCUGUGACACACACUGCUUGUGAUGCCCUCCCUGGAAUGUAAUCAUGAAUAUGUAUCAAUGUCAAUCAUAAAUGAGAUUUUUGAGAGUUGCAGCACUUGGCCACUCAUCUGGGAUGAGCGCUGGCGUUACACCGUGUAAUCCUCACUUAACAUCUGUCACAUUGCGAGCAGGGAAAGGGAAGGUAUCAAGCAUUUUACAGCUUGAGCUCUCUGGCUGAGGACUGUAGAUGUGGAUGAGGAGCUAGUUACAAGACUGACACAUUUUGAUGUGGAAACGCAAGCGGAACGCUGUCCUGGUUCCUGCAAUUGCAAUGUUUGUUCUUUGUUUGCUGGAGUGCAUUGCUUUCAUGUUGUGAAAUCAAGCAUCACUUUAAUAUAAUCAAAUCAAAAGAUAGUGAAAGAUUUGGUAGAUGUAAAGAAAAAAGGCAGUAAUGCUCUGACAUUCUGGUUUGAAACUGAUCAAAAUGGUAGUCUAUGGGCCUCAUUCACAUAUACAUAGAGUUUCUUUAGUUUAUGUCCUGAACAAAGAACUUGUGAAAGUCUUAGCGAGGGUCAUGAAGAGUUCAUAAACAUGGUUACAAAAUAGUACCAGGGUCGUCGGUUUUCGUCGUAGUUCCGUUCCUACGACAUGAACAUAGCUUGAAUUUGUAAAUAUUGUAAAACUUAACACGAUGUAAUCUAUCGCUUACCUAUGCCAACACAGUAGUACUGUCAUAAUUACUGUAAAUAUUUGUAUAAAAAAAAACACUUCUUGGUCAUGAAUAUUAAUCAAUCAAAUGAAAAAAAACGUCGGUACAGCACGAAAUGAGCAUGCCGCCUGAUCAUGUACUCUUACGCCGCUGCCCAAACUAGCUUAUUGCCGGCCUCAAAAACUAUUUAGUAUUUAAGUAUUUCGAGGCUGUCGUAAACCGAGGAAGCCCUGUAGUUGUUUACUUUCCACAGAAGUAACAUAAGUACAGUUUACAGUUUGUGGUCUGUUGUAUUUGCUUUGACUGUAUUUUGUUUUGUUUUACUCUGUUUUUACUCACGUUAUUGCAAAUGAGAAUCUGUUUUCAGUUGCCUUAUGUGAAUAAAUAAAGGUUAAUGAAAUAAAUAACAUCGUUACCUCCAAAGUGUAAUGAUGCAGAGUUUGUGGUCUAUGUAUUUGUACUUGCUUUUACUGUAUUUUGUUGUGUUUUGGUCUGUCUGGUCAACAUUGCAAAUGAGAAUCUGGUUUAGUAGCCUCAU